AUGAUCACACCACAGUCGCAGCCAGAUUCGGUGCCGGAAGGCAACUCGGUGCAGCGAAACCUGUAUCAGUGCGGAACAUGCUCCCAGUCGUACUCGCGGAUCGACCAUCUGCGCCGCCAUGUUCUUUCGCACACCCAGGAAAAGCCUCACCAGUGCGCUGUCUUUAAUGUUGAUUUUAGUGAUCUGCUCCGUCGGCAUUCUGCUCUGCACACUACCACGGGCAGUAAGCAGGCCUUCAAGAAGCGUCCUCGUACUGGCAGCGCGAACCCCAUCAUCCGGGCUUCCCAAGCAUGCAGCGCCUGUGCAGAAGACCAUCUUAAAUGCGACGAAGAAAAGCCCUGCGCCCGAUGCCGCAGGCGAAAUAUUGCCUGCGUGGUUCCUUCCAAGUCCCCUGACGGCGUUCAGAUCCGCUUGACCAACCGGGACAGUCGGGUUGGCACGGAAGUAAACGGCAGCCAUAACUCAGAUGAAAGGAGAGAAGAAACAGAUACAGUACCAGCCCUCAUCACUCCUCCGAUGGAGAUCCCAGCCAGCGACUCCUGGUCACAAGAGCCGGACCAUUCGCAGUCUAUCGACUUGGAAGCUGACAGCCAUAUGCCACCUGACUACGUUCCAUCGGGGAUCAGGGAUGAGCUCACAAGUGCAUUGUUUACAGAGCCGCCUAGUGGCGUACGUACACCCCGGGGAUUGAUCACCUUUGGCCUGCAGACCGAUCUCGACUUUAGCAUGGUCGAUCUCAGCUUCCUCGAGUCAUACAAUAGCCACGUACCGUUUGAGUUCGAUGAACAAGCACCAAGUCUGUCUCUGUCUGGCUCGCCCUACGAGACCCGCGAAACACCGAUCGAGAGAAAUCCCCGAGGCUCACGGUCUAUGCAGCGACUGCGAUGGCGCUUCGUCCCUGCUCCUCAAGACCAUGGCUAUUGCGAGCACGAAAACCUUUUACUAGCCAACGAAGCGACUGGCGCAUCCACUCUGACUCCCCAGAGCCUUGAAGGCGUGAACAGCCAAUCGACAACGGACCAAAGUCUCGAUCUCCACUCUCGUGAUAAGAUCCUGGGCAUUGUUCUCAGUCAGAUGAAACAGCCUAUCUCGGCCGUUCUGUCAUCCUUCCCGUCGGUCCAGCUUCUUGACAGCCUGAUCCGAUAUUACCUGACCGCCCCAUUCUCUACCGCCAGUUCCUGGAUCCAUCGGGGGACUUUUCGACCGCAGCAAGUGUGUCCAGAGCUGCUUCUAGCCAUGGCCGCAGCUGGGGCCGUCUUGACACCGGAUCCCUCGCUACGUAAACUGGGAUUUGCCAUGCAGGAAGUCGUCCGGUUGCAGCUGCCUUCGGUGUUCGAGGGGAACAACACCACCAUCCGUGACCUUCACCUUCAUCAAGCAUACUUGCUAUAUCUAGAAAUAGGCCUAUGGAGUGGCAAUAGCCGCAAGAUCGAGAUCUCAGAGGCCUUCCGCCAACCUCUGCUGACCAUGGUUCGUCGCGGCGGGAAUUUUCACCAGUCAGCCUAUCCGCCCCUGCCAGCGCGGCUGGAAGAGUCUGGUCAGAGCUUGGAAGAUGCAUGGCGAUGCUGGGCGUACAAAGAAGCAUACAAGAGGCUUGUGUACCGCUUGUUUCGACUGGAGGCUCAAGUCUCCAUGGCUCUCUUUACCACCCCUUUGAUUACCUACGCCGAAAUGGGCCCCCCUCUCCCUGCUCCUUCGUAUCUCUGGGAAGCUAGUUCCGCAUCGCAAUGGAAGGAAGCCUAUCAUUCAUCGCUCAUGUCCUCUGCAGGUCGAACUCCCACGGUCAGCGAGUGCGUGGCGAACUUGGAUCUUCUGGAAACCAGCCGUCGGAUUGCGGACAUCCGUCUUACCUGCGGUGCAGUCCUGCACUGUAUAUGGGGCCUCGUAUGGGAGUACCGCCAGCUGAGCUCUCUUUUGAACGGACACAGCCGCUACUGGGAUAAUGAUCUGCUCAUGGCCUCUCGGCAUGGACAGCUUAGCAGGAUACUCGCAUGCUUUCGAAUGGGAUACCGGGACGAAGCCCCCGUGCAGUUGCACUUUAUCUUGAUGCACAUGUACAUGUCCCUGGAGGAGGUUGAGACACUGGCUACCUCGGAUGAUCCCAGUCGCGCGUGGGUUCAACCUGCUCUGAGCGACUGGUUCAGGAGCGAACAGUCCCGACACGCCAUCUGGCAUGCGGGCCAGGUCGUUGGAGCCAUCAAAGCUCUUCCGUUGCAAGCUCUGCGGGAUUUCAUGGCGAUUGCGCUGUACCAUGCCAGUCUGACUUUGUGGGCCUACGGCGUGGUAUUCUUCCAUACUGUGGAUCCUCAUGGUCAGCAGCUGGCUGGUCCAGCACUGCAGCAGAGGGUCUGGCUGGAUGGGCCAGAAAGUGAGAAUACGCAGCGGUUCAUUACCCUGCAACGCGGGAUACCUGUCCUGCAGGGUGUUGGCCAUGCAGAAGAGGCGGUCUCUGUCGGUGAUCCCCAGGCAGUUCUGGAAACGAUGAUCAAAGUCAUGCAACACAAUCACCACCAUGAAACCUUCACGCAGACUCCGCCGCUGGUGGAUAAUUUGGUCCAUCUUCUUGAAAAGUUGCGAGAUGCCAGCAAAUAA